GAAAAUGUGUUUUAUUUACUUUCUGUCUGAAUGUGUCAUAAUCGUUGCGUGAAAUGACGUGUAGGGCUGAAAAACAUGUCCGUCACGCCAAAUUACGACCCGAGGUCACGCCCACUGGCAUGUGAUGAUGCACACCUACGUUUCGCGUGCCACUGCUGUAAUGCUGCGCGUACUCAUUACGUGACGAUAUUGGAGUAUCUCUCUAUCUCUCUCUCUCUCUCUCUCUCUCUCUCUCUCUCUCUCUCUCUCUCUCUCUCUCUCUCUCUCUCCUACGCGCUACCGGAAUAUCGUCCUCGCCUUUCACAGCAAUCAGGUGGCCGAGGGCAACUUUUACACCGCAUCCUCUGUGCGCGAGCCCAAAAUGCACACGACUCGCUGCACUGUUUCCAACCCGGACCUGCUUGUUUUGCACGGACGACAGUAUGACACCUCCAAAGCUAACAUAUAGCGCCGAGGUCGCUCUUCCAACGGCUCAACACUGAGCGCCAGCUCAGGUCGACCAUGAACCUCCCCAAAAGCGAGUCCACGAGCUCCUUGCUGAGGACCUCCGCUGCUCAUGCUGAGCCCAGCGCGCAGCGGCGCAGUCGGCACCUUGCCGCGGCAGCUUCAGCCGCGGGAGCAGCCGCAGAGGACUCGCUUUGGACCACUGACUGCGACGCCAGCUCCCGGAGACCCUUGUGUCAUCCCUCGCUGGUCGGUAACCGGAACAGCGCAGCGAAGCGUGCGGGAAGCGGCCAGUCCAAACUACACUCCCACGGGCGCGCUCCCUCGCCGGGGAGGCAGGAGGAUAUGUCGGUUCGCCCAGGGGUGAGCAACGGCAGCAAGGAGCGAAAGACCUCGAGGCAUUCGCACCGACACCACCACCACCACCACCACCACCGCUCCACCCGGGACGACCUGCCCCAGGAGCGCCGCCACAAGCACUCGCAUGCAGCUCGCGUGCCACACAGAACUCAGUCUUUUUCCGAGUGCUCGGAUGAAACAGCCAUCUUCUUCGAAUCCCCUCGAGUGAGCAGUGCGCGACCUGGUUCGCGCGCCAGUGGGGAGGCGUGUCCUCCUUUCACCGCCACCUCCUCUCCGGCGGCCGCGUCCUCCAGCCGCUCCUCGCGCCGCUCCGCGAGAUCCAGCGCAGCCUCUUCCGAUGCGGACUUGAACCUUCGUCCUAUUCUCAACUCUGUCUUUGGACAGGACCGGGAACUGAGGCCUGAGGAGAUUGAAGAACUACGUGAUGCAUUUCGGGAGUUUGAUAAAGAUAAAGAUGGCUUCAUGAGCUGUAAGGACCUCGGAAACUGCAUGAGAACCAUGGGAUACAUGCCAACAGAAAUGGAACUAAUAGAGCUGAGCCAACAGAUCAACAUGAACUUGGGGGGACAUGUGGACUUUGAUGACUUUGUGGGGCUGAUGGGUCCCAAGUUACUGGCAGAGACAGCAGACAUGAUUGGGGUGAAGGAGCUGAGAGACGCUUUCAAAGAGUUUGACACCAAUGGUGAUGGAGAGAUCAGCACCAGUGAGCUAAGGGAAGCCAUGAGGAAGCUUCUUGGACACCAGGUCGGUCACCGAGACCUGGAGGACAUUGUGAAAGACGUUGACCUGAAUGGUGAUGGACGAGUAGAUUUCGAGGAGUUUGUGCGGAUGAUGUCUCGAUGAAGGAGGUGGAGGUCCCUAGGGUGACUGCAGAUCGAGUGAUGAGACACUCUACUGCCUCCUGCUGGCUAGAGGUGAUAGGCCAAAGGAAUAGAAGGAGACUAAAGCAUUUUAUACAUGCAAAACCUUUCUGGUUGUGCAAAAUGAAUAAGAUGGUUUAUGAUUGGUGGAGGUGUUUGUCAGGCUCUAAUUACUGAUCAUCUCACUGGAAAACCUCCUGCAUGUCAGAGCUUUAGGGGGUGUAGCCCUGAGAAUAUAUAACUACUGUAACACAUACCCCAGUGAGAUGGGGCAUUCAUUUACAAACAUGUCAACUGGAAUUUCAACAAUUCACACACACACACACACACACACACACACACACACACACACACACACACACACGCACACACACACACACACACACACACACGCGUACAAAUGAAGUGGAUAGUUUAGGUUCAGAACUUGCUUGAUUCCCCUAAUUAACUCAAACCAGCAGAAUUAAUUAGGGAACUCAACAAAACAUCAGCGCUUUACUCUCUGACCUUAAACAUACACACCACUAACACACACACACACACACACACACACACACACACACACACACACACACACACUUCCACAUUGUAGCUGAGUGUUUCUGCACUUUCGACCCUGAGAAGACAAUAGUGUCUUUUGUCUGUGUAUGUUGAAGGGAUCAAAUGUUCUCUUACUUAAUUAUGGCAAUAUUGUGUCUUAAUAUGUGGUGUCCUGUGUGUGUGUGUGUGUGUGUGUGUGUGUGUGUGUGUGUGUGUGUAGGAGAGAGAAUGUAUUGUUUAAAAUCACAUUCUGUGAUGGUUUACAUCAAGACUUACUGUAUUCACUGUCGUAGUCAGAUCAGUUACCUAUCACUCAUUACAUCUCAGAACUCUUAUCCCAUUGGCAACCAGAAUGAAGCGUUUUAACACAGCUGUUUACAAGUGAUAUUUAGCAUUUAGAGUGUCUACGAUUUUAGAUAUGCUUGUCCAUGAUUAUCAGACCUGCCAGAAUCACAGGGUGUGCCUUUACAAAUCUGUCUAGCAGGACGAGGCCCUUCGCUCCUCAUUCCAACACUCUCAAACAGGCAGUUCUCUUAGCUGCUGGGAGUGCCGCCAGCUUCCCUCAGUACAAAGAUAUCAGUCCACAACCAGUCUGAUCUCUCUGAACAUGGGAAGGAGUUUCAAAAAUGAUGGACAGUUCAUUGCUGUCUAGACAAACCUGAAAUUCCUCUCCACCAUCACUGUAGCCUAUUGGAGGUUGUGCUGGAGUCACACUGGCUCUCGUGAAACACAGUGAUAUUUCAGGGGAACAGAGUUUGGCCUGUAUUUACAGACCUUUUAGCCACAACAAAUCACAACCUCACCAAGACGCUGAAAACUCACAAUGUCAUUUAAUGUGUCUUUUGUUGUCCAUGUCUGACUGAACUGUGACACAUUGUUAUAUUGUCAUAUAUUGUUGUAGAAAUGUAACCUGUUAAAUUUCUUGCAUGCCAAAAAGAAAGUUCCUCUGCACUCAAUUGUAAGAUAGUGAUUUUAAUAAAUGAUAGUAAAUAAAAUAAGAUACACAAUUUCUAAGUUUCAUAAUGCAUUGUAAUUCGACAUUUAAUUAUUAGCUUACAUUGUCCCCAGAGUUCAAAUCUGAGGUGUCCAAAAAUAGUGAGGCUACACAGAACGUUUUGAGCGAGCUGAGUCAACGCUGUAAGACCUAACGAA